AUGGUCGUGACCGAACUCAUUCUCGUGUCCUACAAUCAGGACCCCAAGCUGCAGGCGGAACUCAAGCAGAAAGCACCCGAGUUAUUCACCCACUUUCUCGGUGUCAAAGGCCUCCAGUCCUUGACACGCGGAAAAGUCGUGGCUGAUAAUGGAACAUCUGUAGACGCUGGAAGCGGUCGUAGUGCUCUUAUUUUGGAGUGGGAUCAUCAAUCCUCUUUCCACGAUUUCUACCCCAAGUCUCCGGCCUUCCAGGCAUUCGCUGGCACGAUGAAACCAUUUCUUGCUUCUUCUGUCCUGCCUGAGCUUUACGAAUCACCCGAUUCCUCAACCUCGUGCGCUUUGGCAAAUAUUACUCAAAUUAUCAAGGUUGCACAAGGAAGCAACACAGAGAAAGUAUGGGGCCAAAUAAAAGAGACUAUUUCUCAGUCACAGACAGAGACCCCUCAGUUUUUCCAUGGAAGCGGAAUAGAGGAGCAGCAAGGUAAUUUUCUCGGCCUCAUUGGCUGGCCUAGCCUGAAGAGCUAUGAGGAAGCUAGAAAAGAUACGGCUCUGGUCAAAUUAAUUGAUGAUUUGAGUGCCGGAGGCAAGAUCUACGAUAUUGCCCUAGACCUUGCGCCUAUUCCAAUCUCAAAGUAA